GUGCUGCUGGUAGGAGGCGAGGGGCAUCUCAGCCCGGACAGCAGCUACCACCGGGGCUGCUGGCUGCCCUUUUGGUACUGUCUUGUCUGGGUCUCUAUGUAGGGGCGGCUUCUGCCUAGACAAGAGGAUAGCUCCCCCUGCCACCGGGCUCCGGAAGAAGUUCCAGCAGGCGGGUCCCAGGCGCUGGCUGGGAGCCGGCCUCCGGCCUCGCGGUGCGCGUCCCGGACAGUCCCAGCGACUGCGCAGCGCAAGCCCCGCGGCCCCUCCCCCGGGCGCGCGCGACCUGGGCGCCAUGGCGGCGGCGGCCACUGUCCCACGGCCUGGAGCCGGGGAGGCCGUGGAGGCCGUGAGUCUGCAGUGGGCGCCUCCUGAACCCCGCGAGGUCGCGGUUGGGACCAGGCCAGGUGACAAAGAGGACUCGAGGGUGCGGCCUCUGUGCAAGCCCCGCGGCAUCUGCUCGCGCGCCUACUUCCUGGUGUUGAUGGUGUUCGUGCACCUGUACCUGGGCAAUGUGCUUGCGCUGCUGCUAUUCGUGCACUACAGCAACGGCGACGAGAGCACCGAGCCCGGACCCCCGCACAGACCCCCUGGCCCUCUGACGGCUCCAACCUUGGGCCCCCUCACCCGGCUGGAAGGCAUCAAGGUGGGGUACGAGCGCAAAGUACAGCUGGUCACCGGCACGGAGCACAUCAUUCGAACCCUCAGCCUCAAGCCGCUGCUCUUUGAAAUCCCUGGCUUCCUGAGUGAUGAGGAGUGUCGGCUCAUCAUCCACCUGGCACAGAUGAAAGGGUUACAGCGCAGCCAGAUCCUGCCCACCGAAGAGUACGAAGAAGCCAUGAGCGCUGUGCAGGUCAGCCAGCUGGACCUCUUCCGGCUGUUGGACCAGAACCAUGAUGGGCUCCUGCAACUCCGUGAGGUCCUGGCCCAGACUCGUCUGGGAAAUGGACGGUGGAUGACUCCGGAGAACAUUCAGGAGAUGUACUCUGCGAUCAAGGCAGACCCCAAUGGUGAUGGAGUGCUGAGUCUGCAGGAGUUCUCCAACAUGGAUCUUCGCGACUUCCACAUGUAUAUGAGGAGCCACAAGGCGGAGUCCAGCGAGCUGGUGCGGAAUAGCCACCACACAUGGCUCUACCAGGGGGAGGGUGCCCACCAUGUCAUGCGUGCCAUCCGCCAGAGAGUGCUGCGCCUCACUCGCCUGUCACCUGAGAUUGUGGAGUUCAGCGAGCCGCUGCAGGUUGUGCGAUAUGGUGAGGGAGGCCACUACCAUGCUCAUGUGGACAGUGGACCUGUGUACCCAGAGACCAUCUGCUCCCAUACCAAGCUGGUAGCCAACGAGUCUGUACCCUUCGAGACCUCCUGUCGCUACAUGACAGUGCUGUUUUAUUUGAACAAUGUCACCGGUGGGGGCGAGACUGUCUUUCCUGUAGCAGAUAACAGGACCUAUGAUGAAAUGAGUCUGAUUCAGGAUGAUGUUGACCUCCGUGACACACGGAGGCACUGUGACAAAGGGAACCUGCUUGUCAAGCCUCGACAAGGCACAGCAGUCUUCUGGUACAACUACCUGCCAGAUGGGCAAGGCUGGGUGGGCGACGUGGAUGAUUACUCGUUGCACGGGGGGUGCCUGGUCACACGUGGCACCAAAUGGAUUGCCAACAACUGGAUCAACGUGGAUCCCAGCCAGGCACGACAAGCCCUGUUUCAACAGGAGAUGGCACGCCUGUCCCGCGAAGGUGGUACAGACUCACAGCCCGAAUGGGCCCUGGACCGAGCCUACCGAAAUGCACGCGUGGAGCUCUGAAGGGAGGGUCAGCCCCAAACCAUGGCUGGGCUGCCACCCCCAGGGCCGGGUCCCGGGUGUCCCCUGUCCAGCUCUAAAGUCCUGGCGGAUGUCUUGCCCCACGCCUGCCUCUAGCCUUGAUUUUGACACAGUUCCUGUGUUCCUGUUAUUUAUUAUGUAUGGACCCCAUGCUGCUUGGUUCAAUAAACCCAUGUGGCUUCCA